AUGUGGCCUUUUUCAGGCUGCGAUGACGAUGGCUGCUCGGCAGUGGACAUGAAUGCCAUCACGCCAGCAUCGGUCAUUGCCGCAUCGCCAUUCACUCUCAUCUUCCUCGCCUCUACAUUGGUCGCCAUCCGCACCAUCUACCCACGACUCAGCAGCGCAGCGCAAGACGACGAGCGCGACGGAGAAAACCAUGUUCUACCGGCUCAUGCGCCCGCUGAACUGCGUCAAGCACACGCUGCGCAUGGCGCAAGGAGUGCAGGCCGAAGAAGUGUAGCCUGGGCCUUUGGCACAACUGUUGGUCUCGCCGUGACGAUGGGCAUCCUCAUCCUCUCUGAGGUGAUGGGCAUUAUGGACGGCGUGGGCAAGGUCGUCGCAUUGAAGAUGACGGUCCCGGGUCUUCUUUUCAUGCUAGUGUUUGUGUUACCCUGGCUAGAGUGCCAGAAUCUCGUUCGAGGAGCAGGCUGGAGCUUGCAGCGCACCUCGAAAGGAACAUUGCCUCGGUUUGCGUGGGGCUUACAUCUUGCGCUGUUUGCCGGCUGGUUAUUCGCAUUCUGGAAAAUCGGUGGCGCGGUACCAACAGGUGCUAUGAAGAGCGUAGGGCACAAGGGCGACGAUGGCUGGAUCGACGGGAUGACACGAGAGUGCCUGGAACGCAUCGGCGUCGUGGGGAUCACUCUCAUGGCGCUUCUUGCGGGCUUUGCGUCCGUGUCGGCGCCGUGGCACACCUUUGGCGAAGCAUCCAGGAACCAAAAGCCCAUCAGCGAGGGCGACGUCAACAGAAAGCAGUCGGGCCUCGAUGCGACGCGCGAGAUGCUCACAUCCAAGAAACACCGCUUGGCUGCCCUGGAGCGCAAAGUAUCGGAUCCCGAGUUCCUCGCGGCGCGAGCAUCUGGCGGCUUUGUCGGUAAGAUGGUGGGCUCAUUCCGCGGCGCGUCCAAGGAAGAGACGGAGAUUAAGAAUCUCCGCAUCGAGGUAUCUGGCCUGGAAACCAUGGAGGCCAACCUAGCUUCCACACUACUACUGAUGAAGGGCCGUCGCAAGCAGACAGAGCGCGCUUCGUCUACGUUUGGUCGCUUCCUCUUGGUUCCGUCAUAUGCAUUCAGCACGUACUGUCUGUACCGUAUCCUCGCUACCGCGCUCACCACGCUGCGCCGCAUGUCGGCACCGUCGGCGAGCUUCUCGGGCAGCGACCCGAUCAACCGCUUCUUAGGCCUGCUCGCGCGGCACUGGGACCCAAAGCUGGACCAGCUCGCGUGGGCGCGCACGAUCAGCUUUGCGCUCUGCGGCGUGAUCCUCGUAGCGAGCGCCAACAGUGCCAUCCAGACCUUCCACCUCUUUGCUAAGUGGACGCCUGGACUGCUUCGUCAUGCGCAGGCCAACCUCGCCCUCAUUGUCGGACAGAUAGCUGCUACCUAUGUCAUCUCGUCUAGUCUCGUCCUACGAGGCCAGCUGCCUGGUGAGGCAUCCAGCGCUGUGGGCACAGUCCUUGGCGGCGCUCUCAGCCCGUCGUUUGUCGACGGCUGGUUUGAAGGCUGGUUCUUGACAGCUAGCUUGUUGACUUGGUUUGGGCUGUGGUUUGGCCGCAAGGUCGGCGCAGGCGGCGGCCUCGAUGAUGACUGGGACGACUACGGGACAGAGGAGAUGGGCACCAAGCGACAUUAG